GCUCGAAUGUUCGAUUACUGAUUCUUAUAUUUAUUACAGGAAUUUCUUCAAUCGAUAUUUGAAAACGUGGUAUCUUAUAUUCGAUUUCUUCUUGAUUUAUUUGAGGGAAGAAAGAUAGAUAGGAUUUGAGGUUUGAGGUGGCUUUUCCAAGAGCGAGCUGUUAUCUUUUCUUGAAGCUUGAGUAUUGAUUGGGUUUGGAUUUGAAUUUGAAUUCGAAUUCGGCGGAUCGGACUACCUUUGAUUUAUCGGAAGGAUAUUAUACGACUUGGAGAUUUAGUAGGUAGAAGAUUUCGUGGGAUAACAAGGCAUUAUGGAUUAUGUUGAGAAGAGAAUGGCUGCUGGUAUGUUGUUAUGGUCCUUUUCUACUUUGAUAUUUUAUGAGGAUGAAGAAUUGGAAAACUGCCUUCUUUCGAAUUAGGCAGAGCAUCAUACCAUUAUAAAAAGGGAAUGCUAACGAUCAUGUCAAAUACAGAAGCCCAAAGACCUGCUGGUGCGGAAAUGUAUGUCCCUCCCCACUCUCAAUUCAUCAUCAUAAAUCUCUCCCUCCACUACAAACAACCAUCAGAAACGCGACUAACAUCCCUCCAGAGCCAGUCUAGCCACACCACUCAACCUCCUCCUUCUCAGUGUCGCCGCCCUCGUAACCUACAUGUCCUUCCGUCCCAAAAAAUCAGUUCCCAUCCCUGCCGCCCCCGCUCCAAUCGUCUUCCGUACCUUUACACCCCCCGAACUCGUCCCCUUUUCCGGUCUCAACAAUGCACCCGUCUAUCUCGCCGUUCGCGGUCGCGUAUUCGAUGUUAGUAAUGGAAGAAACUUUUACGGACCAGGAGGACCAUAUGAGAAUUUUGCAGGAAGAGAUGCGAGUCGUGGGUUGGCGAAGGGAAGUUUUGAUGCGGAAAUGUUGACGGAGGAUUUACAGGCUGAAUUGGAUGAUUUGAAGGAUUUGGAUGGGGAGGAAUUGGAUGCUUUGAGGGGGUGGGAGGAGAGGUUUGAGGAGAAGUAUUUGGUGGUUGGGAGGUUGAUUAGUUGUGCUCAGAAGGAGAGGGAGGAGAAGGAGAAGGAGAAGGCUUAGUGCGGGUGUAUAGGGUUGAGGGUUGUUGGGAUGCCUGGGGAGGAUGUAUUUGACAGUGCAGUGGUGCAGAAUUAGAUUGUGAAUAUCUAGGUAUGGUGUGGAAUGGAUUAUUUUCGGAUAGGAUAGCUAUGGGGAUAUUUCUAGUAGUAUUUGGAAGUGUGUAAUAGUAUGAGGUUUCAUAUCGAUAUCAAUAGGCUCAGUGGUCAUGAAUAUUACAUGUAUACACCGAGUAGACAAGUAUCCAAAAGCAACAGAACAGCAACAGCCCAAGAUAUUACU